AUGACCCGUCAUUGGGCGACGAGCUUGUUAAUCAUCGCACAGAUAUUCAACGCAGCAUGGGGCGGGGAAUACGAUCGAGCUCUAUUCGUCAAAUCCGAUGACAUAAGAAAAGCAAGAGAGAUACACACGAAAGUAGCCCAAAUAGCUCCAAAUUCUAUGGACCAGACGGUGGACCAUAUACUCACGUGGUUACAAACAAGAUAUCAAAAUCAACAGUCUCAGCGUUUGGCUCGCCAGGACAACAAUGAACAGCGUCCCCGCCCGUUCGUAGCCUCUCCUGCUCAAUCGGACUACCGAGGAUAUCUACCACCGCAACCACCACCACAACCGGAGUUCAACAUACCGACGACCUCAUCACAAUAUCAGCCCACCGGCACCCCAUCACAAUAUCAGCCCACCGGCACCCCAUCACAAUAUCAGCCCACCGGCAAUCCAUCACAAUAUCAGCCCACCGGCACCCCAUCACAAUAUCAGCCCACCGGCAAUCCAUCACAAUAUCAGCCCACCGCCACCCCAUCCGUAAGCAUAAGCCCAUAUUAUGGACAGACUUCCGAACCCGGUCAGACGGCACCACCUCCGUUACCGUCGGAGGAUACUCCGCCACAGCCUUUGGCACCGAUUGCGGGGCUCGAACCACUAUCCUCGUCGUCACCAAACGUCUCACCACAGACACCGGGCUUCGUGGACGAGCCAACCAGUUUCCAGGUACCAAAUCCAUCUUUGCGACCAGAAUUGAAUAACCCAGAAACCCUUCAAAUGAACACCAACGACAUUGUACACCCCCCACACAUACACGAGAUGAACGUGCAAUGUUCAAAAGAUAUGAUGACCAUUAACGUCGAGUUCAACAAACCGUACGAUGGCGUCGUUUACUCAAAGGGGUUCUAUAACACACCGGAGUGCAGAUAUGUGAACCCGAAUUCCGGCCAGACAAAGUAUUCGUUCAAAGUGAUGUUGAACUCUUGCGGGACGCAUUUCGUCGACGAAUUCUCUUCGGGCAAACAGGCAUACUUGGAAAACGUACUGGUCGUGCAAAACGAACCUGGGAUACAAGAAGUCUGGGACGUCAUCCGUAGUGUCAGAUGUCUGUGGGAAGGCAAUUUGAAUAAAGCUCUGUCUAUUGCGUUGAACAUCGGUAUGCUGAACCAGGAAGUGGUGACGUUCAGUGGAGAUACGGCGACUGCCCGACUUGAUAUCCAAACCGGCAAAGGACCGUUCGCACCGAUCGCUAACGGUUUAGUGAAAAUCGGUGAGACCAUGACGUUGGUCGUGACCGUGGACGGCGAUCCAGGAUUCAACAUAUUAGUGAGGGAAUGCGUGGCCCGAGACAACAACCCCGAGUCGGGCAAUCAACUGCAGCUGACCGACGCCCAAGGGUGCGUGUCGAAACCCAAGCUUUUCGGCAGCUUCCAAACGACGACGAACCCGGCUACUGGUUCGUUGAUAGCCUACGCAUACUUCCAAGCUUUCAAAUUUCCGGACGUCAUGGACCUGUUGAUCGAGUGCAACGUCGAACUGUGCAAAGCCAACUGUCAGCCGUGUUCAGAAACGAAUCAAAAAAUCGAUCCCGGUCGUAAAAGACGAGACGUGCACAAUAUUGCGACGAACAAUACGAUCAAUACGUCCGGCGACAGUGCGGAUUCUAUGAUGUUGGUCGGUCGCGUACACGUUUACUCGCCCGACGACCUGCUGGCCGACAAUUUCAAUCAGUCCGCCACCGACGUGCUGGAUCCGCUACAGGCGUUCACGACGGGCGACCGAACUUUGUGCAUCUCAUCAAAAAAGUUUUAUAUGACCUAUUCGUUUAUGGUCGCAGUGACAUUAAUAUCGAGUGCAAUGAGCAUGGUCCUGUGGAUUCGAUUACAACGCAAGAUCUAUAAAGAUUAA